AAAACUUUUAAUGCUUUAACAACAACACGCCAGAUACCGAUGUCGACAUUUUUUUAUUAAAUCAUUUUUAUUCUGCAUUUUUUAAUUGAAUCCAAAUCAACAAUCAAUGAUGAAUCAAGUGACUUCUGUUACAUUGGUACCGGAUCGACCGAGUGCAACAUAUACAAGUGGCGAAGUGGUCACUGGCCAUUGUAUUGUAACAGUUACAGGUGAAAUGGAUUUUGAUUGUAUUGAAAUAAAAUUAGUUGGUAAAUCACGUGUAGAAAUACCGACCAAUGAUAGUUCCCGUAACAAUAAUGAUAAAAAUAAUGGUUUCGAUAAAUAUAUCAAAGAAUUAAGCUUACUGGAAUUGGUUUAUAAACCAAGUACAGUUUAUCAUUCAAAAUUAUCAACGGGUAAACAUGAUAUUGGCUAUUCAUUCAUCGUACCGCCAAAUGUACCAAGUUCAUAUGAUGCACAAUUUGGUUUCAUUCGUUACAAGAUUAAAGCUAAAGCUGGAUCGGAAAAGAACGAAUUCGUACUUAGUAUUAUUUCGCCUCCAAGUAUUUCACCAAAUGAAUUGCUUAUUCCUAUAAUGGAAAACAAAAGUAAAAAUAUUGGCCUAUUAAAUGGUAAGACAGUAUUGUUACAUUGUGAAAUACCAAGAUCAGGUUUUACAUUAGGAACAAAAGUGCCAAUCAAAUGUACAAUUAAUAAUCAAUCAUUGAAAAGGAUUGUUUUAAAAGGUGCAUUACGACAAGAGGUUACAUUCAAAGCACAUGAAGAAGAACGAAAAUUGAUGCAAAAAUUAUCCUCAGUAAUGGGAGCUACGAUCGAACCACAAAGUGAACUUACGCAUGAUAUGAAUAUUGCCAUACCAGUUAAUCUGCCAAUCGUUUACAAUACCUGUCCAAUCAUACAGAUUCAAUAUAUGGUGACGGCUAAAUUGAAAAUUCCGUUAUCAUUUGAUUUACGGAUGAACAUGCCAAUAAUUAUUACCAAUCUGCCGAUAAAUGAACCAUCAAAUAAUGCCGAUGCACCUCCAGCCCCAGGAAUCAUUAAUCCUCAAUUUUAGAUCAAAACAUAUCUGUUCCAUUCGAUUUUUUCAUCACAUUCUUUUGAAUUAUCAAACUCAUCAACGCUCAAUUUUUUGGUUUAUGUGGCCAUUUAAUCUUGAUUUUCAUUUUUAGUUUUUUU